CCAUUCUCAUUUGAUUUUCAGAGAGAGAGAGAGAGAGAGACUGAAACAGAGAGAGGAGGGAGAAAGAGAAACGACCCGAACCCGAAAACCCGAAAACCCGAAUCGGAAAAGCUUGGAAAAAUGGGGAAGGAUCUGAGCGACGAUCAAGUCAACUCGAUGAAGGAGGCCUUCACGCUCUUCGACACGGACAACGACGGCAAGAUCGCCCCGUCGGAAUUGGGGAUCCUAAUGCGGUCCCUGGGCGGCAACCCGACCCAGGCCCAACUCAAAUCCAUAGUCGCCGAGGAGAAGCUGACCGCCCCCUUCGACUUCAAACGCUUCCUGGAGCUGAUGGGGAAGCACAUGAAGCCGGAGCCCUUCGAUCGCCAGCUCCGCGACGCCUUCAAGGUCCUGGACAAGGACGCCACCGGCUUCGUCUCCGUCUCGGAGCUCCGGCACAUCCUCACCAGCAUCGGCGAGAAAUUGGAGCCGUCGGAGUUCGACGAGUGGAUCCGGGAGGUCGAUGUGGGCAAAGAUGGCAAGAUCAAAUACGAGGACUUCAUCGCCAGAAUGGUCGCCAAGUGAGGAUCUUUUCACGAAUCGAAUCUUGGUUUUAGUGUCUCUCUCUGCUAAGUGAUGUGUGCGUUUGUUUCUGAAUGUUGUGGAAAUGUUUAGGGUUUGUUUUCGGUUUUUUUGUUUGUGAUGAAUUGAAUUGUGUAUUGAUGGCUUUAUGGAAUCUAAUCUGGAUUUGAUGGAGUAUAAUUGUCGAUUGCUUUUUGUUC